AUGAGUCGUGGCACUAGGGAGCAGGGGAGAACACUCAAGAAUCGAAUGCGCGAGUGGCCGGGUGUAAAAAUGGCGGUGCAGCUGGAGGGAGGUGGGAAGGAAGAAAUCAAGUCACAAUUCACCACACGUGAAGGGGCCUAUAAAAACUUGACUCUCUCCGAGUAUUCCAGGCCCAACCGAGUCACUUAUAGUGCUCAGCCUAGCACACCAGUGAGAGUGUCCUUCGUUACCGUCCCCAGUGCCAGUUCCAAUGACAGGGACCGAGAAGGCUCUGACGAGAAAAUAUGCUUCAAUGCAGGAAGAGAACUUUUUGUGUAUCCCUACAAAGGCAUCCGGAAGGCUGCUGACCUCACAAAACCUAUAGACAAAAGGGCCUAUAAAGGGACAAAUCCUACAUGCCAUGAUUUCAACUCAGUCACUGUGACCCCUGAUAGUGUGAUGCUCCUGGUUGGAUUCUCUGGUGGUCAGAUUCAGCUCAUUGAUCCCAUCAAGAAGGAUGUCAGCAAACUCUACAAUGAGGACAGAUCCGUAGACAAAACUAAGGUGACUUGCUUGCGUUGGCUGCAUGGAUCACCCAAUCAAUUUCUGGUGUCUCAUGGGAGUGGCCAGUUGUACCUCUACCAUGAGGAACUUCCUUGUGGUAAUGCAGCCCCUCAGUAUCAACUCUUCAAGCAAGGCGAUGGUUACUCUGUUUAUAUUUGCAAGACAAAAAGCACAAGAAACCCUUUAUAUCGAUGGGUGAUUGGAGAGGGGAGCAUAAAUGAAUUUGCCUUCUCCCCAUGUUCCAAGUAUUUGGCUGUGGUAUCUCAAGAUGGAUUCCUCCGUGUGUUCAACUUCGACACCAUGGAACUCAUUGGUGUAGCUCGAAGUUUCUUUGGAGGACUGUUGUGUGUAUGCUGGUCACCAGAUGGGAAGUAUGUGGUUACUGGUGGUGAAGACGACCUGGUGACUGUGUGGGGUUUCCAUGAAAAGCGUGUGAUAUGUAGAGGUCAAGGUCAUAAGAGCUGGGUAAAUGUAGUUGCCUUUGACUCCCAUACAACUACAUAUGAAACUAAUGACCUGUCUGAUGGUGAUGAAACAGGUGAAAAUGGUGUUGCAAAAAGUUGUGAGAGGAAAGUGGCAUGCUAUCGUUUCAGUUCAGUGGGUCAAGACACAUACCUCUGCCUCUGGGACCUGACUGAUGACAUCUUGAAGCGGCCUUUUGGGAAGUGUCGAACUACCAGCUCAAGUCUCAUUUGCAAUAGCAGCAACACAUCACUCAACAAGCCUUCUGUCAAGGAAUCAAAUUCCGUUCAUCCGAGUGGAGAAACAAAGGAGAGUGUAAAUCUAGUCGAUGGACCCACGGGAAGUUCUUUAACUCAGAAACUCUCCAGCUUUGCAUUGGGAGGCAGUGGUGACCAUGCAAAGAAGAAAGUGUCCUCUAAUCACACCAGUGGUAGUGAAAAGAAUGCUGUCAUCAAGAACAGGAGCACUUGGUAUGAUCAGGACCCAAUGCGAGUGAUUGGGACACCAGCCUGUCCCCGCCUGGAUGAAUGUCCCCUGCUUGACGCAUUAGUUUGCAAAAAGAUCUCAUAUGAGCGCCUCACGGCCAUUGUCUUCAAAGAGGAUUGCCUUGUAACUGCGUGUCAAGAUGGGAUUGUCUCCACGUGGGCGCGUCCAGGGCGAGGAAUAUGCAGCAUGGAGAUGUUUGAAAUUCCAAAAAUGCCUGACCCACAAAGACAAGGAAGUAGGAAUGCUGUUGACAUCUAUAAAUGGGCCACAGAGAUGAGCUACCCAACAGGUGGAAGAUAUUCUGCUGUCCCACCAGCCAGGAAGGCUGAUUUGGAUCGGCUAAUCCGAGGUCCAGAGCUGGAACAAUUUUGGAGGAGGGUUAUCUCUUCAGUCAGGCCCAAAACUGAAGCAGAGCUCAUAAACAAGAAUGUUCGUUUGAAGAGGCAUCAGAAAAAACUUUCAGGGGCAAAACUUCGCCUCCAGGAGGAAAUAGCCAACCUUCAGAACCAAAAGGCAGAAAAGCAAGAGCAGGUGGAGUACUUGUUGGGAAAUUCUAGGGACAUCAGAGAGAAAAUAGAACAUCUAGAGGUUGAGUGCAGUAGAAUCCAGGAGUCUGAGAGAAACAUCAUGAAAAAUAUAAUUGUGCUCGAGCAAAGCAAGGAAAGGAAGUCCAAGUACUUGGAGAAGCUCCGGAGCCUCACCAAACAAAUUGGGAGGCACACAACAGCUAUGAAAGUGCCUACUGAAUCUCUAGGAGUAUCAGAUUCCCAGGCAAGAGUGAGUGAUGAGAUAGACAAAAUCUGCCGGUUCUUAGAUACUGGCAGCCCAGAUGAAGAGCAGCGGAAAGCAUUGGAAGAUGAAGUCCAGCAGAUGGCAUUCCAGAUUCCUUCUCAAGAUAUUCUUAGGGCUCUCAUGCAACAUGUUCAGCAUUCACAGGCCAAGUUGCAGCAGCUCCUAAACCUGUCCCAGGCUGGUGGAGACUCAGCCAAUGCUUCUCUGAAUAGGCAUGAACAAGAUUUAUCCAGAAGUGAAGUUAAGAGAGAGGAAGCCCUUGAUCAUCUACUUCAUACAUGUUCUUUGGAUCUACAGAAGAAUCUUGCUGUUGUCCUCCAGGAAAGAAGGCAACUCAAAUCUAUUUCUGAAGAAGUUUUGGAGGUCCAAGAGAAGCUGUUGCAGCAUGAUGGAGGGAAUGUUUAUAGAGAAUAUGUGCAAGUCUGCCUGGAAGUAGCUUUUGCUGGAGGGAUGCAUAAGGCAUUGGGAAAGGACAUGGAGAAUCUGGCCAGGGAGGUUGAGGCUCAAGCAGAGAAGAGGAGAGAAGUCAAGGAAAUCUUCAAUAAGAUCCUUCAAAUGCAGAGCUCUCUGUUGAGUGUCAAGAAGGAGAUUGGGAAGUUUCGGGACAUGCGUGAAGAUGCAGCAAAGAAAAUUCCUUUGCAUCAAGCUGCUUGUCAAGACAUGUUGAUGCAGGUUUCUCAUGUGGAGCUGGGAGUCCAAGCAAACAUGCCUCACUUGGCUCGAGGAGAAAGCUUGUCAUACAUUUGGGACAGUGAGCUAGUGAAGGUUUUCCAUGCUCUUGGUCUUUCGGCCUUUCAAAGCAGAGACUUGCUCAUGAAGGAAUUCAGGGCAUUACUGAAGCAAAGACAAGAGGCUGAUAUGCUACAUGAUGCAAUUGUGAAAGAAGAGUCCAAUUUAAUGACAACUGAGGAGUUUCCUGUUGUUAGUGUCAUUGCUGGUUUCUCUCCAAAUGACUCUCAAGAUGAGUUUUCUUCUAUAUUGGAAAUGGGCAAGAACCUCAUGGAUGAAGAUUUUGUUAGAGUUGAAGAUCUCAUUCAAAAAUGGUAUGACCCUCCUAUGUCCAAGAUGUCAUUGAACUCAUUAAAAGUGAAUGAGUGGACUUUGGAGGAGUGGAACAAGAAAUUCCUGCUCACAUUGUCUAGGCUGAAGGAGCUGCAAAGCAAACAAUAAUACUGUGCUUUCAAGACUUUCCUUUGUCAAUUUUUCAUAGGGUUAUUCACUAGUAUCAUAAUAAAAUAUGUUCUUCCAGAA